CAUUUUUGCAGUGCAGAUUCUGAUUCUAGUGUAAUUUAGAGAAUAUUGGUGGUAUUUAAUGUAGAGUUUUCUUGUAAGAUAGAAAAGAAAGGUAGUGUAGUGGCGUUAUAGUGUUAUAUUCCAAUAUUCAUCAUUAAUCUAGCUCUAGCAGACUUCACUAUUUGUUCGAUACGAUUGCAGAUUACAAAAAAAAAUAUGUUCUCUUCUCAUUUCAUCUGAAUAGGAGUACUAAUAAAAUAUUGUUUCCUGUAUAAAACCCUCACACAAGGGUAUGUGCUGAGGAGAGAGAGAGGAUGGAGAGAGGAAAGUUGAUUGUGGAGAAGGUACAAGGGAAGUCCACUCUAACUCGCUGCUUCUCCAAGUACCCCAUGAAAUUCAUCGUCCCCAAUAAGGUGGGCUCCUCCCAAACCGAUGUAGUCUGGAUUUACACCAUCACCUACGGCGGCGGCAUCGUUUCUGGCGAUUCGAUUGCUUUUGAUUUUACGGUGGCGGAUUCCUGUAUUGCAGUUUUGACAACUCAAUCUUCUACAAAGGUUUACAAGUCUAUUGCCUCCAAAUGUUCUCAACAGCUGCUGGAGGCGAGCAUUGGGCGAGAUGCUCUGUUGGUGGUGAUACCCGAUCCAGUAACUUGCUUCUCCACUGCAAGAUAUUCUCAGACACAGAACUUCACACUUGCGACUGAUUCGAGCUUGCUCUUGGUAGACUGGAUAACUAGUGGCCGCCAUGAAAGAGGCGAAAAAUGGGCAUUUUCUUACUACAAAAGCACUAAUCGCAUUCUUCUACAAGACGGUGAACCUGUAUUUCUUGACACGACAUUGUUAGAGCAACCAACUCAUGGAGCUAUUAGUGAUCGCAUGAAAGAUUACCAAGCAAUAGCCAUGAUUGUGCUUUUGGGGCCUAAGUUGCAGCAAAUUCAGAAGCAAACUGAGGAAGAUGUCAAGAAGAUAAUGUCUCAGCAGUUCCACUUUCCUUCGAGUAGUUCCUCUAAACCAGACAUGAAGCCAACUUUUGUUGCCUCUUGCAGUAGGUUUGGUCCUAAGGGGAUGGGAGUCGUGGUUCGUGUUGCAUCCAUGACGACUGAAGCCAUUUACAGCUUCCUGCAACAUCAGUUGGCAUCUAUGGAAGAGCUGCUCGGAGCUCCCCCAUACCGCUAGCCAAAUUACCUACUUUUCUGUCGUUUUUUUGUCCAACAAGGGUGUAACAAGCAAGCUUGUUCGGUGUUUGAGAUGAGUUCGGUUUUGUUGUAUUUAGUCGAGUUGGUAGACAUGCUGACACGAGAAUAAAAUUUGUAACCAUGACUCGCAUCUUACCAAAAUUGUGUUGAACAUGUUUAAUUUUGUGUUUCUGAAAUGCACGAAAAUCAUUCUUGUA